AUGUCGAAGCUUGUCUCAAAUGUACAAAAACCCACAGAAGAAGAUAAUACUUUACAGGCUUUAAUUACCUGCAUUAUAUCUCGUUGUGUUCUUCAAUAUGAUGGCGAAUACAAUAAUGUAAAAUUAUGGAGUACAUCAGCUCUAGCUAAAAGGCAAAGAAAAGAAUUUAAACCAAAACUUCCAGUUUGUUAUAAAAAGGCUAUUACUGAUUAUCCAAGAGAAAUCGGAAAGAACAACAAUAUUGUUAUUGAUGAUGAUAUCAGAUAUCAGGAAAUCUUAGAUGAUGAUAAAUGGAUAAUUGAAAUUGAUGUUGAAACUAUGGAAUCAAUAUUUGAACGUGUUAAAAAAUUCUCAACUUAA